UAUGGAAGAAGCAUCGGAAUUUGUUUAUGCUGCCGUUGUAAAUAUACCAAAGGACUCGUACCGUUCCGUUGAUUUACGUGCUUUCUUUAAUGAAUUUGUCGAGAAUGGACAAUUAAGCUGCUUUCAUUUUCUACAUAGAAGUAUACAUGGUCACAAGGAUCAUUGUGUAGCGUUUAUUAAAAUCUCCUCAAAGUUUUAUAAAACAUUUGAGAGAGCCUAUCAUAGUGUGCAGUAUUACGAUAAACACAAUAAACUUAGGGAUAGCUUUUGCGUAAUUUUACCUUUAAACUACGGAAAAACUUGCCCUGAAUUUUCAAGAAUAUACUCAGUCAACAUAUCAUUAACCACUGGAACAAAUUUACAAGAUGUAGGUAAAGAUGACUUUUUAUCGUUUAGAGAAUUUAAUCCUCCACCUUUAUAUCCUAAUGGAAACGUUGGAACUCCUUCGAAAUACUUUAACGACUUAAUUGCGGCGUCAAAAUUACCGACUAACAUUAUUAAACGUUUGGAAUUAACUACACCUCGUUUAAUUAAGAAGUACGCUCGUGUUAGAUAUGAUUAUCCGGCAAAGAGAACAUCCCGACAGAAAGAUGAAGAUAACGAUGAAACUAACGAGGUAAAUAGUCAAGGCGAAAGUACAGACAGCGCUUCUUCGUUUCUCAACAUGGAAACUCCUAAAGGAUGUCUUCCUGGUGAAAGAUUAAGUGAAAGUAAACAUAUCCGACUCUUACCUGUCUCGUUUAAACUAAUUUCCCGUGCCAAGAGCACAAACACGAGAGAAAAACUUUCCGCCGCUCAAGCUUCAAUUAGCAGCCAUGAAGAAGAAGAAGAAGAAGAAAAACAGAAGAUAAAAACCUCUCAAUCGGAUAGUGAACCAGAAGAAGAAUGGGAUCGUCGUCUGGCAAUAUCUGAUGAUCCAAUGAAAUUGGAACACAACAAGGAGAUAGUCUAUGAAAGUCCAAUGGAAGUUGUUUGGGAAAAAGGUGGACCCGGUUUGGUAUGGCAGACAGAUGAAAGCGAACGUAGAAACUAUGACUUUGAUGAAAUUACAACUGACGAUUGGGAUAUGGAUAUGGCUAUUUAUAAAAAGGGAACGGAACUUUGUGCUUCAAAAGACGCAAUAGAUAUGGCAGAAAUGCGAAAAGAGGCUAAAAAUCGUUCAGAUGGACCGGAAUCAGCUUUUGCAAAACACCGACAAACUUUUCCAAAAAGAAUGCUCUCGAAACAAGGUUGGUCUGAAGGCCAGGGUUUAGGUAAAAAUAACCAGGGCAUUAGCGAAGCACUUUCAGCCGAUGGGCAAAGGAAUCGGAGAGGACUUGGAUAUUAUGGCGAAAAAGUUAUAUGGAAGGAUAAUAUUACAAAACCAUCAGAUAAACCAAAGAAACUUAAACGCAACCCAGAAACCAUUCUGAUCGCAUCAGCUUACGACAAUCUAUCGGAAUUGGAUAAAAAUCCUGAGGGUGAUGAAAGGGCUAGUCAUUUGCAAAUGAAAUAUCGUGAUGGUGUUCGUUUUCCAAAAACUCCGAAACUUAUCUAG